AACCCUCAAACCCUCUAGACCUUAGCACGCCAAGCAUCAGCUUCCUUAUAAUCAACUACUUGUAAACACUCUAGCUUAAGUUCUCUGUGAAAUUCUUAUUUCCUCCUAAGUAAUCCCCAUGGCUACCAAUAUGUCCCUGAAGCUUGCAUGUGUCGUGGUUUUGUGCUUGGUGGUGGGUGCACCCCUGGCUCAGGGGGCCAUAACAUGUAGUCAAGUCAGCAGCUACCUGGCACCAUGCAUUCCUUACCUGAGAGGCAGCGGUGGCGCUGUGCCUUCAAAUUGCUGUAGUGGGAUCAAAAAUCUCAACGGCGCCGCCCAAACCUCACAAGAUCGCAAAGCGGCUUGCGGCUGCAUCAAAAAUGCUGCUGGCUCAAUUUCUGGCAUCAACUAUGCACUCGCAAGUCAAAUGCCAAGCAAGUGCGGCGUGAGCAUCCCGUACCAGAUCAGCCCCAACAUUGACUGCAAUAGCGUCAACUGAAGUUCGCCGAGGAAAGUUUUCAGCUGAAGGGAAGGGAAAUAUGAUAGUUAGCGAAUAAAUGGAUGUAUAAUAUCCAUCUGGAUAGCACCCUGUGUAGGAGUUAUCCUAGUUUGAGAGCAAAAGGUUGCUUUAUGCAACUGUGUCUGUUAUUUCUGCUUAAUAUACAUAUAUAUAUCACGGAUUUAUUUCUUCUAUCUGUAUACUCGUCAUUUA